GGAAAAAAUGCACUUGACAUCGCCGAACUUCCUAGAAAUUCCAACAAUAGGCUGAACCCAUCUUCUACUUCGGCUGAUUCCGGAACUGUUAAGAAUCCUCCGUCACCGAGUGGGUUUCGUAGCAUUUCCUGGAGAGGGUCGCCCAGAAACCGAUAUAAACCCGACAGAAGACCCUCUUUUCUAAAUAACAACGGAGAACAGGUUUCAAGGUAUUUUCAGCAACUAAUGGAAGCACAUAACCUGAAGACCAAAAAUCCUCUGCCAGAAAAUGGCAAUGUGCAAGCAUCAUCCCAGGACAUCGGAUAUUUGAACACAGGGAAAGGAUCCGUUGAAACCGGCCAUCAGGGAUCUGCAAGUUUCAGAGAAGAAUCUCAGCUUGACAACACAGGCGCAAGUCAUCAAAUUACCAGCCCAAAACCUCUGAAUUCAGAGAAAAUACCAGAAAAUAUUAAUGCACUCAGUGGAAUGAAUGAAAGACCUGUGAAUGGAGAAAGUUUACAGAGGAAUGACAAGGACUCUCUCAACCUCAUUCCCGGCACCAAUGAAAGGACACAUUUGGAUGACAUCCCACAAACUGAUGGAAUCCAGAACGAAAAACCUGAGAAGCCACGCCCUGCAUUAAAUGAGAUGGAAUUAACGCUUGAAAGUAACCCAGAUUUCAGCAGUGGAAUAGAGGGCAACGAUGCUCCACACCCUGGACCUAUUUCUUCAAAAAGCUUUCCAGAUCGUCUGCGACAGAACAGCAGGAAACCCCAGAGGCCUAAAAUAGUUGGUACAUACAGACCUAACGCUUCUUCGAGGAAUGAUAAAUCUGCCCGACGUGAAGAAGUUGGAAAGGAACCGGACGUGAGUGUUGAUGAACCCCAACUUGGAUUUACUCCCGUUGAUGAACCAAAAAAUACUGAAAAUGUCAAAACAAUGGAUGUUGCCCUUGAAUCCGGUCGUCUCGACACCGAUCCUCAAGAAGAGAGGAACAAUUUUCGGGGAAGCUCAGCAGAAAUCAACUCAGAUAUUGCCGAAUUGGACACACUUCCCGAUCCGCCAGAAAACAAUGGAGAAAUACCUGAAAAUCUAUAUUCCGAUACCCGUGGAAGUGAAGCACCGCCGGAAAUAGAAGCCUACAGCAGAAUCUCAGCGAAUCAAGAGGCAGGUACUGCGACUCAUCAAGGGAAACUUGCCUCGUCAAGACACCAAAAUUACCAGGUCCACGGUAAAUUUGGGAAAGAUCACAAGCUGCACAAUGCCGAAAGAUUUUCUAAAUUUGGAGAUGAAUCGCGACUCAACAUUCCUGGAACGAGGCAUUUGAACAGGAAUAAAGGAGAGCAAGAAUCAGGCUCUGAAAUGGAACAAAAAACCUCAGAAUCUUUUCAAGAUCUACAGAUUGAUGAACUCCCAGAAAGAGCACAAAUCGAAAAUCUGCAGAAAUCUCUCGCAGAGAAAAUGGAUACGGAUGAACUUAAUAUCAAUGAAGACCAAACCGAACCUCCACAAGCGCCACAUGUUCCAAUAAUGCACAUGUCCCGGAAAGAACCAGAAAAACCCAUUAAUGGUCUCUACAAAGAAUACCUUGAGACUUACAGAGAGAUGUACAGUCAAUUAGGAAGUACGGAAAAUUUUGAAGAAGAAGAAGAAACAGAAGACAGGGUGUCGAGAAACCAAAAACUUCAGAACCAACCCAGGGUUCGGUACAGACCUCAAUCGCAAAUUCGAAGACCCAAUCCAUUGCGCUACGAUCCUGUUACGAAGAGAAGACAGAAAAUUGAGCGGCCUUUUGAUGCUCAUCAAAACAGAAAUUUCCCAAUCAAAAGCUUGAAUAGAGGUAUUCAAAUUGAUUCAGCUGCUGGGGAGGGAUACCAAACCAAGGGCCCAAAAUCCCCGCAUCGCAACGUGCUCAUUUCCACCAAAGGAUAUGAACCGCAAGAAAGGACCCAUGGAUACAACGAAGAAUUGUUGAAUGUUGAAAAUAAGAUGGAUGUCCAAUCAGAGGAUGAUUUUCGAGAAGAAACAAAAGAAAAUGGGGCUUCAAACAGCUACAGGCCUGAGGAAACAUUGCGAAAAAACAUGCGCAUGUUUGGGAAUGACCAAGGAAAACAUCGUGACAAAAUAGAAUUCCUCGAGAAACACAGGGAGAUGUAUAAUCAAAUUGGACCUCUGGAUGAUAUUCAAGGAGAAAGAAACGAAGACGAAGGCGCACCAAACAACUAUAAAUAUGAGAACCAACCCAGGCCUCAAUAUAGACCAAAGCCACAAUUGCCAAGACCAAAUCAUCAUCGUGACCCUCAAAUGGAAAGACCACAGAUGAAUCAGGUCAUCAAUCGUCAUCAAAACAAAAACCCAUCACAUGAGAAAAUGAAUGAAGAUAUUUUGGAUGAAUACCGAACCGAUGCUCCACAAGCACCCACUGGUCACAAGCAUAUGUCCAGAAAAGAACCAAGAAAAAAGAUUCAUGGCCACCAUGAAGAAUUUCUGGAAGCUUACACAGACAGUAGGUUCAACCAGCUAGCAACUGUGGAUGAUUUCCUCGAAGAAAGAACAGAAGCAGGGAUUUCAGGUCCCCAGCACAGCUCUGAGAACGUGUCUGGAAAUGAGUAUCUAGAACGAAUGGAGAAUCCAGGAAUCCCACAAUCUUCUGUUGGUGGACAUGAAUAUGACUCUUUCAUUCCUGGCCAUCAAAUUUUG